UUCAAUAAGCAAGCAUUAUAACUAUAACCGUUUGAUAACUUUAAAAUAUGAAUUAUGCCUCCAGGUCUCGUCCAGAUGGAUAAAUAAUUGUAGUAGUGCGUCUGCGCACGUCCUGCCAACAGAAUUCAAAAUCUCUAGGGGAAAAAAAAAAAGAUAUUUUUCCCUUUUCCGUACCGUUUCCCUCGCCGUGCGUGCUCGGCCAUCUUCAUUGUGUUUUUGUUCACGUCAACCAACACUUCAAGUUCUGAAUCUUCUCAUUUUGCCGUAUCUUUUAGCUUGCAAAUUAUGUCAGACUCACGUUCACGCAGUCGCUCAAGAGCAAGAGAUCAUAAGCGACAUAGAAAACGCUCCCAGGAGUACGGGAGAAAACGCGCGAAGUCACAUUCUCGUCUGCGCGAGGUUAAGCGCUCUCGUCUCUUUUCUGAGGAGCGUUCGCAGUCAUCCUCGUCGAGGGCUUCACCAGGGGUCGGCGAUGCAGUUCUCCUAGAAAGAAUUCUCGACGCAGUACAGGAACAGGAGCGAAAAAUAGCCUGUUUGGAAAACGAGGUUAGGGGACACGCUCUGCGUUCCCCAGAAACACAGCCACAAGAUGAGCUGACGGCUCCUGAGAGCCGGGGUAUCGAACCAGCCUCAAGGCCAGAUCCGGUGGAGCGUUCGGUUACCUUUGCGGCAACGGAUCCCGAGCAGGACGGUGAGCCAUCUCUCGUUAACCAACUUUUUCGCACGCAGCGGGACUCGCUUGAGAAAUUAUCCUGGGACCAAACCAUACUGGAUUUUACUAAGUCUAUCGUUCGGACCGGUUUGCCAAAUGAGUUGCGUACACAGCUCCUGUCUAAAUUUGAGAUUAAAGAGGCACUUUUAAUUUUAGGCCCGCCUAAACUUAACAGGAUGCUUCUUUCAGUACUGAAGGCCUCUUCGACGGUAUCUAAAAGAGACGAAUACCAGUCUCUGGCUCAGUUGCAGGUAGCGGCUGCCCUCAACGCAUUAGGCAUGGGCCUCUCUUAUCUCACGAAGCCCGAGGUGUCCUCAUGUCUACCAGAGGAUGCAAAGUCGGCGCUCAGCCAAAUCGCUGAGGCCACACAGCUAUUAGCGGAUCAUCAAUACAGGCUAUCCUUGGCCAGACGAGCCUUCAUAAAACCGGCCCUGAACCUGCUGGGUAAAUCGCCAGCCGAUCUGGCUCCAAUAGUGGCUUUUCGGCACUUCUUUCGUGGACGAGGUUAAGGAUGCACAGGC